AUGCCAUUGGUAGACCCCGUGACCAUGGCCUCCGCGCCGACCAAGCCCACGACGGCGACCGCCGCCGCCACCGCCCUGCAGCCCGUUCUGAUCCAGCAGACGCCGGCUGGCCAGGCCGGCCGCUACGUCCACCCCGUCGUCCUCCUGGCGCUCUUCGGGAGCCAAUUCAACGCCCUCGUCAACGAUCCCGUCCGCGCCAGCGCCUGGCUCGCCAUCGGCUCGGCCAUGGCCCCUUGGGACGAGACCUUGGGCGGCCUCGCCGGCGCGCUCUUCGGCGCCUGGCUCGGUGCCGUCCCCAUCCCUCUCGACUGGGACCGCGAGUGGCAGAAGUGGCCCGUCACCAUUCUUUACGGCCUGUACGCGGGCUACGUGGCCGGCAAGGUCACGGGUGGGUUCCUGCUGUUUGGCAAGAGAAUGUUCAGCCGCGUGGAGCGGGCCGACAAGGAAGAGUAG